UUGGUAAAACCCAGCCCCGGAAUAUGUGGAUCUUUGGAGCGCAAUGAAGUAGCCUUUGGAGAGGAGGGAGGGGGCCCGUCCGACAGCCACAGCGGCCAGAAAAGCGGCAGCGGCGGCGGCACCACCACCGCUCGCCCCCCAGCCGCCCGGCCCGCCAGGAGGCAGCGGCGGCUGCUGGCGGGGGCGGAGGCGGCGGCGGAGAGGCGAGGAGGAGCAGCGGGAGGAGCAAGAGCGCGCAGCCGGCGGGUCCACGCAUCUCAGCACUUCCAGAGCAACUCCGGCGCCUUCCACACCCCUGCCCGGGGCUGGGGGCUCCGAGAGCGGCCGUGAAGCCAACCCUAUCUUCCCUGCGAACCCUGCCCAGCCCUGCCCUGCGCCUCCCGGGCUCCGCUCCGCGCGGCGGGUUUCCCGCUCCUGCGCUCCGGGCGCGCCUCCCGGACGCCCGGGUCCCCGCAGCCAGGACAAAGCCAUGAAGCCGGGGCUGCUGGAAGUGAUGAGGAUGAACAGAAUUUGCCGGAUGGUGCUGGCCACUUGCUUGGGAUCCUUUAUCCUGGUUAUCUUCUAUUUCCAAAGUAUGUUGCACCCAGUCAUGCGGAGGAGCCCCUUCGGUGUGGACAUCUGCUGCCAGAAGGGGUCCCGAAGCCCGCUGCAGGAACUCUACAACCCGACCCAGAGAUCCUUGGAGAGAGUUUCUCCACCUUGGCUGGAGCUCUCCAACACGGCCGUCCUGCACCAGAUGCGGCGGGACCAGGUCACAGACACGUGCCGGGCCAACAGCGCCGUGAGCCGCAAGCGGCGGGUGCUGACCCCCAACGACCUGAAGCACCUGGUGGUGGAUGAGGACCACGAGCUCAUCUACUGCUACGUGCCCAAGGUGGCGUGCACCAACUGGAAACGGCUCAUGAUGGUCCUGACCGGGCGGGGCAAGUACAGCGACCCCAUGGAGAUCCCGGCCAACGAGGCGCACGUCUCGGCCAACCUGAAGACCCUGAACCAGUACAGCAUCCCCGAGAUCAACCACCGCUUGAAAAGCUACAUGAAGUUCCUGUUCGUGCGGGAGCCCUUCGAGAGGCUGGUGUCCGCCUACCGGAACAAGUUCACGCAGAAGUACAACACCUCCUUCCACAAGCGCUACGGCACCAAGAUCAUCAGGCGGCAGCGCAAGAACGCCACGCAGGAGGCCCUGCGCAAGGGCGACGACGUCAAGUUCGAGGAGUUCGUGGCCUAUCUCAUAGACCCGCACACGCAGCGCGAGGAGCCCUUCAACGAACACUGGCAGACCGUCUACUCCCUCUGCCACCCGUGCCACAUCCACUAUGACCUCGUGGGCAAGUAUGAGACGCUGGAGGAGGAUUCCAAUUACGUCCUGCAGCUGGCGGGCGUGGGCAGCUACCUGAAGUUCCCCACCUACGCCAAGUCCACGAGAACUACUGAUGAAAUGACCACAGAGUUCUUCCAGAACAUCAGCUCAGAGCACCAGACGCAGCUGUACGAAGUCUACAAACUCGAUUUUUUAAUGUUCAAUUACUCAGUGCCAAGCUACCUGAAAUUGGAGUGAAGGGUGGAGGUGGGGAGAGGGGCGAGAAUCGUGCUUUUUAAUUUAAGAUUUUUAUUUGUCAAAAGAAUUCUAUGGAUAUUGGGUUAUUUUGUAAAUUAAUAUUUCUUUGGGGAUGAUGCUGCGAGCAGCAUAGUGAGAAUUAUUUAAAAUCCUUAGUAGGGAAGGACGGCUGUCUUUGCAGGGCACUAGGAUGGGUGUCCUUGUUUUUUAGACGUGAAUCCCCCGACACUUUCAGAGGUUUCUUUGUGUUCGGGUGAAUUCCAUGAAUUGUGCAUCCCAUAAAUUCUAAUUAAUGUUAUUUAUAGUUAUUUAAACAUGGUCUCUGUAUAGAUUUCUUUUUGUGGCAGCAAGAUUCUAACGUCUUUGCAGAAGAAAUCUAUGUUUCGUUCUGUGCUUGCAGCAGCUCGUGCAGGGGCAUGAAUGUUCUCCUUAUUAACCGCUCAGAGAGUCACUGUGAUAACAACCGUUGUGCUGUCUGUUGAUACCACCGUUCUUGAAAUUCUGCUAGAAAUAAAUAGAAAGAGGCUCCUUUGCAAGGGACUGAUUCCAAACUGAUUUCAGUCGACCCAAACGUUCCUCACACGAAAGAAAAGUGAUUUUUCUUUUUUUAACCCAAGGAGAGAGCUGAUUGAUUGUAGCUUUUUUUUUUCCCACCAGACUUAGCAAUCUGGUAGAAUAGGCUUUUCUACAGAAUUUUUUUAACUGGCAGUGCCAGUUGUGAUGAAGGUGAAGUGGCUGUUGCUUUACAUUCAACAAGUAUUUAUUAAGCAACUACUAUGUGCUAGGCCUAAUUCUAGACCCUGCGGAUAGAGCAUUAAACAAAACCAAUAGUCUUGGCCCUCAAGAAGCUUUACGUGGACGCAGAGUAUCCAGCUUGACAGUUAGCAAACCCCUGAUAUUCAUGGACUUAACAUGACGUUUGGACUAUUCACGAACCACCCCAGAAGGUUCAGGAUCCCUACAAAUUUGCAUUUUUCUAUGGCCCAAAUUUGAAAACCACGUGCUUGGAACAGGCCACUUGGUGAGUAAUCCAAGCUCAUUGCCCAACAUCAGAGAUGACAAAAAUGUUUCCUGUCAUGUGCCCACUCCAAUUUAUUGGUAGUAUCUAUCUGCCUUUAAGCCCCAGAACAGAUUUGCCAGGCACAGCAUGGAAGAGUGCUGUGAUUGAUUAGUGAUGUCUGCCUUGGGUGAAGGAAAGGGAAUAUUCACCGACCGUCUGCUGUCAUUUCCAGCCCAGCUUUAAGGUCUCCACCUAGAAGUGUUUUUUCUACUCUUUGCCAUGUAAAAGAUUAAAAUUUUGUGGCAGGACUCAGACAUUGGAGGAUUUGCAAUGGCCUGGCAUUUCUACUCCUUGUGAAGGUCAGAGGUAGACUAUUUGUACACUUAUGCAUAUCCGCUCCUCCAAAGGCCAAGAAACCAUCGGCACCUUUGCAACCACCAGCAAUGAUCAGCAAGGACAGCCUUCUGUGAUGGUAACCCAUGCCAUUUCCCUCUGGAAGGCUGGAAACAUUCCAUUCCCUGUUCCUUGCUAAUUAACGUCUGCACAUGCUUCUCAUUUCCAAUGCCUCCGCUGAAGUUUGAGCCACAUCCCUCUUACAGCUAGUGAAUGAGUCGGUAGCAGAUACUGUAUAUAAUAAUAAUAGUUCUAAUAAUAGGGGGAGGGGUGGGAUGGGGUGUGGGUAAGUUUUGCUUUUUGUUUUUGAUGCAGUGUAUAGAACAGAGGGGAGAAGAAUAUUCUAAACGAACAAAAAAUAAUUUAUUCACAGAAGCUAUUAAAAUUGUAUUGUAAAGCUCACAGCCAGCUCAGUGAGCGGCAGCUGCCACGUCUCACGGAGGAAAUUAUUUUAUUGAAUGUGAGCGAGGUGUGCACCGGAGAGGGUGGCCGAAGCUAUUUAUAAGAUGGUGUGUACCUUCUCCUAAGCUCUCUCUCCUUUGCGAAGGGCACGUCAACUGUACCCUUGACAAACAGAGAUUUAUGCAAUGUGUUUUACCAAGUAGAGUGACAGACUUCAGCUGUCCUUGGAAUUAUUCCUGGACCCCGUUUCCAGGCAGGGGACACUGUCCUCAGAAACAAAGCUUCUGCUAAUGAAAGAGGUUUCUGGCAUUUCCUGAUAAUGUGCUUCAGAGAACACAGGUUCUCCCCAGACACAAGUUGGUGUGAUGCAAAAUAAGGGUUUUGUAGUCAAAUAUCCUUGGGAAACAGAGCGAAGUCCAUUUCCUUUCUGCAGGACUUUUCAGAGCCUUGAAUGCGUGCCGUGCAUUGUGAACUCCCAAGAGCAUCACUGGUGGAGUCGGUGGCAUUUCCUGACCACCUUUGAGCGGGAUGCUCUAUUUUGCAGAUCAUCUCAGAGAGCUAGCGUUCCACUGAAUAUUCUUUGGCUAGGUUGCUUUAGCACAUCUGAGGUCUUCAAGGAUAAAAAACUGCUUCCCUUACGCCCCGCUUCCAAAAACAAAACAAAACAACAAUAAAACAGCACCACAGUCUCCACCUGGUUUAUAGCAAUGAAGGUACUUUAUCAAAUGAAUUCAACUUUUGCUUAAGUGCAAUGGUUCUAAUCCUGGAUAUUACAUGGGCCACGAUUCCCUCCCUCCCAAAGGGAGUGCCCGAAGAGUCUUGGGUGGUGCUGACAGAAGGAGGGAUGGGGGAGGGGCACAAAGCCUCAGUUGGUCCCCCUAGUGCUCAAGCCUAAGGUUGCUCAGUGCAAGCCAAGAGAGCUCAACCCUUGCUGAUGCUCCUUCGAUUCUAUAGUUUGGAAUUGUUCAGUGUUCUUUUAGUACUUUAAUUGGAAAUUCACGUGGAUUUCCCGCGUUUUGCAUUUCCACAUCUCCGUCUUUGAUCAGCUGUGAUGCCUUCAUUCGUCUUCUCGCUCUAGAGGGAAAGGGUGUCCUUCAGGGGACGAUACUGCGGUAUGGUUCGGCAAUGAGGGGCUCUUUCUCCUCGUGUUUUGUGUUCAUAGUUUAUUUUCUAAUGGCAUAAAAACUUUUUUAAAAAAAAUCAAUUCAACUGUUUUUGCAGAAUGUAGAAAGUACUCUGUGUCCUUGGUUAAAAAGAAUCCAUGGGUGAAAAUGUGCCUGGGAAACAAAAGUUCUUGGUUCUUUCGUUCCUUUUCCUUUUUUUUAAAGAAGACUGUUUGAAAACGCUUUCUAUUGCAUGCUUAGCUGGAGAAAAGUACAGGCAGGUGUCCCAUCUUCGAGCCACUUUUCAGAGGUGCUUCUGUGUUUUCAAAACCAGGUACAAAGUUGUAUUUACAAGGACAUUCCUGCUUAACCUGUCCCUUUGGUUGGAAAACUGUAGAAUAUUAGCCACAGGGUUUGAAUUCCUGCAGCUGCUUCAGACUCGCCCCCUUCCCUGCCUUCCCAGCUGGUCUGGGAAGAAGGGCAGUCUGCUGACCUGUUGGUGUCUCAGAGGGGACCUUCCUUCCCAUCUGUCUACCAGGUGAGUUUCACGGUCCUGCCUGUUCAGCUGUAUGGCACAGGACAGCAGCGGGCAGUGGAAACUUCGGUCGGACCAGUGUCCUGGUGGCAAAGGCGUGGAAGCACCAGGGUCUGAUCCCUACUGGUAGAAAAUACCCAGAACAAAAGCGAGUCCCUAACAUCCUUAGCUGGUGGGGUCUGGACCACUGCUGAGGUAGUGAUUGCAGAAGUCCCUGUUCUAACCUGGCCAGAAGCCGAGGGACUCUGACCCUGAUGGGUGGGGCUCAGAGCCGAUUUCUCACAGCCUGACCAUCCCCUACAGAGACACGCAAUCUGAGCUGCCCCGUUCUGUGCGAUCCUGGGGACCAGAAUCUCUUGCCCGCUCAUGUCAGCAGGACUGACCUCAUCACUCCCCCAAAGUUCCCACAACCAGUAUUUCCUCCAGCCUUUUCCAUCACAAGCAACUGGACCCUAUGAACAGGCAGCAGGAUCUACAACCAGCUUGACCUUCGGCCGUUAACGGGCGAAUUUCAGUCUGUUACCCUUUGUCAGGUACAGAAGGGGCUGCCCGUACUAUUUUCUUAGGAGCGUGCUCAGUGUGGCAUAUGGACAUAUAAUUUAACAUCUUUGUGGAGUGUGAUUUUCUUUUUUUACAUAUUUGUGUGCAGUAGAGGGCCUGUUGUAGAAAACUCUCCCUGUAUCUUACUGUACUGUUCAAGAAAGCUGAAUUCCACAUUGCCAACAAAAGCGUGAAAAUGUUCAUGAACCUUCUUCCAGGAAAAGCCAUUCAAGCCUGAUUAUUUUUCUAAGUAACUUCAAUUAAAUUGAAGAAAGAAAAGAAGCUUCUCUCUGUGUAUGGUUUGUUCACGGCUCACUGACAGAGGACUGCAGAGGUGGGGUGGGCUGGGCUGUGUCCCUUAGCAUGUGCGGGGCCCUGCUCACGUGUAUCAGAGGAUGGAGUGGGAGAGACGCACAUGCAGACCGCAUUGCAGUCUUGGCCGUGGCAAAGACCUCCAUAGAGCCGAGCCCUUUCUGUUUAGUGGAUGAAUAGAAGCUUUCUUCAUUCCUGUUUUGUCUGUAAAUUCUUUGUAAAGCGAUGCAUUAGAAGGCCCACCCUGAUCAUGUAGGCUACCACCCCCGUGAAAAAUAAGGAAACAGGCCCUGAAAGGCUAAAGGGCGUUGGUGGCAGAGCCAGUAUUCAAACUUAGGUUGAUGUGCCUUCAGAGUUGUGGCAGUCGACGACACGCCUCUCUUAAGUGCCUGUCUUUGGUUCCGAAGUUGUAGACCUGCCCUUCAAAGCCCCGAUUUUCCGAUUCCGAAUCCAUUCCUUUUCUGAUGUCGUAUAUAGCUUCUUUCGGUUCCACUGAUGGACAUUUUUAGCUUUACUGAUAAGAACUAUUUAUUUAUUUGUCAAAGAAGAAAUCAUCUCAAAUUGUACCUCUAUUUUAUUGUACCCUAAUUUAAAAAAAUGUAUUAUGUAA